GUGAUUGGCUAGGUGGCACGGGGUUAUACGGAAGUAGUUGAAUUCGGUACAUGCAUCAAAUCCAAAACAUGGAACAAAAUAAUGACGGGGGCAUGUCCCAGGUCCGGCAUGUUGUGUUGGUGCUGUCGGGGAAAGGAGGAGUGGGAAAGAGCACCAUCACCACAGAGUUAGCCCUGGCUCUCAGGCAUGCUGGCAACAAGGUUGGCAUCCUGGAUAUUGACCUCUGUGGCCCCAGUAUCCCCCGCAUGCUGAAUGUGGGACGGACUGACGUGCACCAGUGUGACUCAGGAUGGGUGCCGGUCUACACUGAUGCAGAGAAGAGCCUCGCCCUCAUGUCCAUCGGCUUCCUGCUGGAGGACCCAGACGAAGCAGUGGUGUGGAGGGGGCCCAAGAAAACAGCUUUGAUUGGCCAGUUUGUGUCGGAUGUAGCGUGGGGAGAGCUGGAUGUGCUGCUCAUCGACACCCCGCCAGGCACGUCUGACGAGCAUUUGGCGGUGUUGGACAACCUUAAAAAACACAGAUUGGAUGGAGCUGUUUUGGUCACCACACCUCAGGCAGUUUCUACAGGAGAUGUGAGGAGAGAGAUCACCUUCUGUAAGAAAACAGGGGUACGGAUCCUGGGCAUCAUUGAGAACAUGAGCGGGUUUGUUUGUCCACACUGCUCAGAGUGCAGCAACAUAUUCUCAAAAGGUGGAGGUGAAGAGUUGGCCAAACUGACCGGGUCAAAAUUCCUCGGCUCUGUGCCCUUGGAUCCUCUGCUCAGCACCAGCCUAGAGGAGGGCAAAGACUUCAUGCAGUUGUUUCCCGACAGUGCCACCUUCAGUGCCAUCAGCAGCAUCGCUCAGACUCUGCUCAGCAGCCUCCAAACAUCUUGAACCAAGAUUAUAUUUGCUCAAAAUGGUUUACGUUUGAACAGAGGCUCUGUAAAAUGUACAUUGUAAUACAUAAAUGUUAGUGAUUGUUCGGAUGAUUUCCAUGUUGCAUUUUUGUCCUGUACAGUUUAACAAUAUUAAACUAUUUGCUAAUUA